UUAAAAAAAUUUAAAACACAAAAAAAGUUAUAUAUUAGGUAGCAUAUAUUUUAUAUGGACACCUUUAACAAAAAAUAUGAAUUUUAAAUAUUAUAUAAAAAUAAUAAUUAAAUAUACAAUAUAUUACAAAAUAAUACUCCAUAUGAUUUAGGAAGCUUGAAUUAAACGCUACUUUAGCUUAAAUUAAAAGCCGCUACCGUUAGCUUGAAUUAAAAGCUACUGUUGCCUAUACAUAAAGGCUGCUUGAUCUAAAAUUGGUCUGGUCUAAAGCGUGCUCUCUCUUCACGUGCGUUCCGCUUUCAUUCUCUCGCUCCAGCUUCAGCUAACAUGGAUUGGAGCUUGGUUCAUCGAUCUGUUCCUGCUCAAACCUUCUCAUGGGAUGAGUUGUUCCAAUUGGGAAUGCAAUCCCUAGCCAUGGAAAUUAGGAUUGAUCGAAAUCGUCAGACUGUGAAUUCAUGUUGGUACCCUGUUCCUUACAGCCAGAUACAACCGGACCAUGACGAUGAUGAAGCUGAUUUUGAUCGGAAGGCACGCACAUUCUUCUCUUGCAUCCUUUCCGCCGAGCAAAUUCCGGAAGAUGAGGGUAUGAUUGACGAGAUGGUCUCUCUUGCUAGGGUUAUUUGUCAGACAAGUGGAAAUCGCAGUAGCCUCCUAUCGGCACCCGUACCAUCAACGGUUGUAGAGGUCUAUAUCUCCAACAACAACAGGGCUUCGGGCAACAGGGCUAGCGCUAGGGCUUGGGGUUUUGAUUUGGAAGAAGUGCUCAAUGCAUUCCGUCCUUGGAUGCCGAGUUUGGAAGAAGCCAAUACAGUCAAUCCGAGGGUGCCGCUGCCUCGGCCAACAAGGAAAGCAUCUAUCGAGGCAUUGGAGAAGGUGGUGGCAAUUGAUAAUGAUGGUUCUUCUGCUGAUCAGUGUGUCAUAUGUUUGGAGGAGUUUCGGUUAGGGUCCGAGGUGCUCACUCGUCUACCAUGUUCUCAUGUUUAUCAUGGGGACUGCAUUGUUAACUGGCUGCGGAGAAGUCAGUUGUGUCCGGUGUGUCGUUUUCAAAUGCCAACUUGAAGAUUAUUUUUUUAUUUUUUAUUUUUGGGCAGUAUUCAUAGUUGAUUGAAGGAGGCUGCAUAAAUGUAAAAAGUAUCAAUCUUUCAAUGAAAAAUUAUUCUUAUUCGGGAUUUUUUUUUUUUUUUUUUGUGUUUUAUAGUUGGAUUAAUGAGGCAAAACACACUUUCUUAUUCUUUAAGUACUCAUCACAAUUAUGAAUUACAUAAAUAAUAGUAGGCAUAUGACAAAUUAUAAUGAUAUUUCUGGUUUGGUUUUUUUUUUUUUUUUUGUUCUUUUGUGGUAGAUAGUUAUAUCAACUGAUUAUGAACCAGUUUGCUAAGAGGGAGAAAGAUAAAACAAUAAAAGAAAAAAAAAAAAAAAAAAAAAAAAAAA